CGGCGGGGUUCAUGAUAUGGAAAUGUUCGACGCAUUCAUCGUCUUUCCAUGUAUAACGUCGCCAUCGCGUUGGUCGUUCGUGUGUUUAUAGCGACCCGUUUUGACAUGAUCUGGAAUCGCGAAGAAGUGUCGUCCAAAACCCUAGGCAAUCAAUUCGCGCUGCCGCCUCCUUCUUCGUCUGCAUCUAUACCAGAUGGAGGACCCGGCAGAUCCUGUCAAGGGAAAUGCUAACCAAGUGGAAAUUGAGAUUUCACAUGUUUCUGGAGCUGUUCAUGACCAUCCAACUCCUCCGCGACCUUGUGAUCUUGUCUGUGCCUUUUCCAAGCUAGAAAAUGAUGAAGAAGCAUAUAAUCGCCGAUCAAAGUCAUUAACAAAACUUUGUGGGCUAAUGAUUCUAUACAUGAUAGUUAUGUUAGUCGAAGUUGUUGGUGGCAUCAAAGCCAACAGUCUUGCAGUUCUCGCCGAUGCAGGUCACCUCCUCACUGAUAUCGUCGGGUUAUCAGUCUCUCUUUUUGCAGUGUGGGCGUCUAAUUGGAAGGCGACAUCACAGUAUACUUUUGCAUUCAACCGCCUAGAAGUUUUGGGUGCACUUCUUUCGGUGCAACUUAUCUGGCUGGUGUCUGGUCUCCUACUAUACGAAGCAGUCGACAGAAUUCACAAACCUAAGACGGUGAAUGGAAAGCUCAUGUUCUAUAUUGCAGCAUUUGGAUUUAUAGUAAACUUUAUCAUGGUCACGUGGAUUGGACAUGAUCAUUCGCAUCAUGGAUGUGAUCAUGCUCAUCAUGAUCAUGAACAUGAUGGUGAGGUCGAGGAAGAGGAAAUGUGUGCACUAACUGCUAAAGAGGACCACGAAACAAAUCUUCCAGUCUCCACUCCCUCAGCAAAGGCCAAGAUUCUCAAUAUAAACCUUCAGGGGGCCUACUUGCACGUCAUGGCUGAUCUCAUUCAAUCGGUCGGGGUGAUGAUCGCGGGAGCCAUCAUAUGGGUGGCACCACAAUGGUACAUGGUGGAUUUGAUGUCCACUCUCAUUUUCUCUGUUCUUGUUCUUAGCACUACUCUGUCCUUGCUUAAGAAUGUAUUUUGUAUUUUAAUGGAGGGAACGCCCGGGGGAAUUGAUGUUGAGAGUCUCGCAGAUGGUUUGAAGCGUAUGAAAGGAGUUCAUCAGGUUCAUGACCUACAUGUUUGGGCCAUAACACUUGACAAGGUCGCCUUGUCUUGCCAUGUUGUGGCCGAGUCUGGGGUUAGCUCUGGUGAGAUAGUUCACAAUAUCAGGUUGUACUGUGAAAGAACUUACAGUAUUCAUCAUGUCACUGUACAGGUGGAAUAGUAUUUGCCA